GAUGCGCCCGGUUUCCGCCUCAACGGCGAUGCCCCGCCCGUGACACCAUGCUCGCAAGGUGCUCGUCUUGGCGAGGUUUUCCUCCCUCUCGUAAUGACUCAUGUCCACCAUGAUGGAAUCAAAUAAGGAGUAUCCGCGACGAGGGGAACAACUGGAGGAUUAACGGGCAUCUGCGGUUUUCGGCCGCCCGGACAAAGGCCGUGAUGUGUUCAAUAUUGUAUCUGACUCGAUGCAUCGUGAGCCCUCGGCCCAUGACAGUUCUCGUGCACGACUCACACAAUGGCCGCCAGGACACCAUAGCGACCCUUCUCGGCCGCGGCCAAGAUUUGCAGGGUUCGAUUCUGCGCCCGCCAAGUCAUUGUGGUCACUGGUUGGGGAGUAGAAUUAUGGACAGGGACUCAGGGAGUAACAAUGAUCAUUGUCACGCUAGCGAGUCACCCAGCAGCUGGGAUGGAUUCCACGAAGAUUUAUGCUUAAAUUGCAAGCAUUCCGAAGCCCCAGCUAAAUCAACCACACAACCACGGCAGAACCACGGCUAUCACAUCAUGCAUGCAUGCACGCACUCCUCGUCCCAUGAAUGCACCCUGCCUCGAUACGAGUCUCCUCCCUCCCUUGCGUCCUUCCGCGGGUUUGCCCUGCGGAAUCCCACCCACUGCAUUGGCUGACGGAAAGAGGGGAUUUCUGCUUCGGCUUUUUCUCGCUUGCUCCACUCCCGCCUGAGUCGGCAAUUGUUGAACCUCGUCGCGAUCUGUCCACCCGCCCCCCCCCCAAUCCACCACUCCCAAAUUGUUGUUCCAGCUUUCACUGUGUCACACUCCCCCGGUUUGCUUUUUAAUUUAUUAUUUUUGUAUACCCAGUGGCGCAAAUGCAAAUUGCCGCUCAUGCUUUUCGGAUAAUGUGAGGGC